UUGAAGCGAAGUCAGUCGACACCGGCAGCUCUCACACAUAUUGUGUCAACCAAGCUAUCAACCACUUUUGGAAGUCCUACGGUCAUCCGUCGCUCACAUCUUCGCUCGCGGCCUAGUUUUCGGCUCCCUCAGUUUCCAGGGCCGUCACUUGCCCCUGCAUUGGAUAAGCAAGGCGAUAGUGCUCAGGAUAGCUCCGAUCCCCAAACCUCGCCGGAAGACAGUGUGUCUCCGACUAGUACACGUUCCACUCCUCAGACAACUCCUCCCACAACGCCUCCCACAUCAGGAGAGCCGUCAGGAGGCUCGAAGCAAGGCAUUCUAGAUGCCGAGCAGGCGAAACAAACAACGUCACCAUCUAGCAGCGACGAGGGUACACAUACCCAAGUGAUCGAAGGCUCACUCGGUCGGCCGCCCUCGAUCAUUACAGUGGAGGCUGCUGCCAAUGCAAAGGUCUUCUUCGAAACACACUUCAACUCGGUAUUUUGUGGGACGGAUCUUCGCUCGCAGCGUCAGCAUGAGCUUGAACAGUAUAUCUAUGGCCUUCCUUUGGCUCCCGAAGAAAGGGCGAGAAUUUGGGAAAACUGGAUCAUCCAGGAACGGCAAUAUCUGCGCCAAUGUCGUGUUCUCAAAAGUCACUCUCGUUGUGGCCGACAGGACGAGACGGUAUCUCUCGCUGGAUUUGAAGCAAUCAAGGUUCUAGGAAGGGGGAGUUUUGGAGUUGUGAGGCUGGUCAGAGAAAAGAAAAAGGAUGUAUUUGCAAUGAAAGUGAUCCGGAAAUCUGCAAUGAUACGCAACAGCCAAGAAGGUCACCUCCGAGCUGAACGAGACUUUCUUGUUGCAUCGGCCAAAUCUCGAUGGAUUGUGCCAUUGAUUGCAAGCUUCCAGGAUCGUGAUCAUUUGUAUCUUAUCAUGGACUACAUGGUCGGUGGUGAUUUCCUGGGAUUGCUAAUGCGCCAGUGCAUCUUGCCCGAAGAAAUCUCCCGAUGGUAUGUUGCAGAGAUGAUCCUGUGUAUCGAAGAAGCCCAUCGGCUAUGUUGGAUCCAUCGCGAUGUCAAGCCCGACAAUUUCCUCAUAUCUGCGUCCGGUCAUUUGAAAAUAUCCGACUUUGGCCUAGCCUUUGACGGACAUUGGGCUCAUGAUCAAGUAUAUUACAAUGAGCAGCGAUACUCCCUGCUCAGGAAACUCGGGCUUCAAGUGGCCGGAGAUUCUCAGGACAGAAAAGAAGCUCGCAAGCCGGCAAAGGCAUCAUUCCAUGAUUUCGGUCCUGGAGCCGAAACUGACUGUACACCACCUACGAUGGGUCUGCUUGGAUGGCGUGACCGCACUCAGAAGCGGCGUUUGGCCGCAAGCGUGGUGGGAACUAACCAGUACAUGGCACCAGAGGUUGUUCGGGGUGAGCUAUAUGACGGCCGAUGCGACUGGUGGAGUAUCGGCAUCAUACUAUACGAGUGUCUCUACGGCUUCACGCCCUUUGCUUCGCACGAUCGUCAGAAGACCAAGAUGAAGAUCCAUCAUCACCACGAGACACUCUGUUUUCCCGCUAGUAGAGCGUCGGACAAGCGGGUUUCGCCUGACGCAAUUGACCUUAUCAAUUAUCUGCUUCAAGAAAAGGAGCAUCGGCUGUCAUCAAGCAAUCGAAACUACAAGGGCUUUUACGUCUUCCCAAACGACGCAGCAGAUAUCAAGAUUCAUCCUUUCUUCCGCAACAUCAAGUGGGAUGAGAUCCAUCAGUCGGUUCCUCCAUUCGUCCCCAAAGUGAAAGGCUGGGAGGACACCAGGUACUUUGACGAUGCAGGAUAUGAGGGUGACCACGAUGAUAUCUCCAUAAUGUCGGAUCCUGACCACCCCGAAGACGACAGUGAGAUGGAAGAACCGGUUCCAGCUAAAGCCGAAACUCCUUCGCCCCAGGAUGCAAAUCGACAUCCCGCACCUGGUCCAGGUCCAGGGCCAGGAGGUAAAGCCUCUCCGCACAAGGAUCGCAAGAGGAAAGAGCGAAAACGCCCGCGGGACAAGCUUCUGCGUGACCGGCAAAUGCGGAGAACAGUGCUCGAGAUGCGCAAGAAAGGGGCAUUCUUGGGUUACACCUAUCGACGUCCCAAGUCCGUGGCCGUAGCCUUGACCCCUGAUCGGGGUCGUCACCGUCUAGGGCGAGGCCAGCUGUCGGAACUAUAUGGC